AUGCAGCAGAAAUGGGAUAGGCUGCACCUUUACCAGCUCCUUAUCUUGGGCCAUAAACAGGUCAGAACUAGUUCACGGAAGGUCGGGCGUUUGUUGAAGAAGACCGGGCUGAGCUAUGCAUGGAAAUUGUCAGAAGCUGACCUGCAGGCAAAGUGGUACAUUGAACAUCAAGACUACAAAGAGGUCAAGCGGAAGCGUGCCCAUCAGUGGCGCCUGGAAUAUCUGGAGACCCGAUCGGCAGCGGUCCAGAGAGCAAAGAAGGGCAACAUCAAAGCUCAUACCAGACGGACUCGAGUCCAGCGGAUGGCACAAAAAGAAGAGACCCGACGGCGACGGAAAGCUCAAGGCAAAGGCUUCUCUGGCGGCCUCCAGCAGAUCAAAGUGGCCCAGGUGGCACAGGAUGGUACCUCCCAUUGGGUAACAUGCCAGUCUAAACGUCUUGUCAAAGAAGGCUGCAUGCAAGAGAACUGGCUCCGGUAUGACCAGACCCGCUACCCCUACUCAACUCCACCCAUGACUAAACCUUUGUACUCCGACUUCAAUGGCCCCAAUGCCAAAAGGAACAGCCAAGCACUGCUCCGUGGGCUCUAUGAAGGCGAGACAGCGGAUCCUUACCUGGUGUCAUUCCUGGACCAUUGCCGACGGCCGGAGGGCUUGGAAGACCAACCACUGGAAGUGGAUCUGGAAGACCAUGUUAGCUUCUGGCGUAAGAUGGGGGAACUCAAAGGUUUGGAGCCACACGGCUUGCAUAAUGGCCAUAUCAAAGCGGGAGUAGCAUCCAACUUGCUUGCCUGCUGCGACACGAUCUUUUGCUCCAUCCCUUUUGCUACAGGAUUUGUCCCACCCCAGUGGUGCCACUUGCUCAACUUUGCAAUUGAGAAGAAACCAGGCGAGAUUUGGGUGGACCUCAUGCGCACGAUCUAA